CCAAGGGAGGGGCCUCCCGGCAGCCGCGCGUUGCUGCGCGGCACGUGUGCGAGCCCGGCGGUCCGACAGUCCGCGAGAGCGCCCCGGCCAGGCAGAGCCAACUACACUACCUAUGCGCGGCUCACCUCGUAGCUGGCUUUUCCGAGUGGCCCUCGCCGCUGCCGCCGCGCUCCCGCGCCGGGAGCUGCACACCCUCUCUCUCGCCGCCGGGCCCGAGCCGCGCCCGCGCUCCCAGGCCCCUGGUUCUCUUAUAUGUUUUCUUGGAACCUUAAAAAUGGAGAUGACUGAAAUGACUGGUGUGUCACUGAAACGUGGGUCCCUUGCUGUCGAAGAUGAUGGUGUGGCCCCAGCUGAGGAAGCAAAAAGACAGAAAGUCUCUGAAUGCUGUGUGACCAAAGGGCCAGACAGGACAGAGAAUGACUCUUCACCCCACAGCGUAAGCAUGCCUGGGCCACCUUUAGCUCUAAGCGCCGGAGAGGGUAUGAAGAAUUCUGGUGCUCAGUUGCAAGAAGAGGAAGAGGAGGAGAAAGAUGGCCUUUCAGAGGAGGGGGAGGAGGAGGAAGAAACUGAGAGUUUUGCAGACAUGAUGAAGCAUGGCCUCACCGAACUUGAUGUAGGCAUCACCAAGUUUGUAAGCUCUCAUCAAGGAUUCUCAGGAAUCUUAAAAGAAAGAUACUCUGACUUCGUUGUUCAUGAAAUAGGAAAAGAUGGACAAAUCAUCCAUUUGGAUGACUUGUCCGUCCCUGUGGAUGAGGAGGAUCCUUCAGAAGAUGUAUUUACAGUUCUGACAGCUGAAGAAAAGCAGCGUUUAGAAGAGCUCCAACUUUUUAAAAAUAAGGAAACCAGUGUUGCCAUUGAGGUUGUUGAGGACACCAAAGAGAAAAGAACCAUCAUACAUCAAGCAGUUAAAUCUCUGUUUCCCGGAUUAGAGACAAAAACAGAGGAUAGAGAGGGGAAGAAAUAUAUUGUAGCCUACCAUGCAGCUGGAAAGAAGGCCCUGGCAAAGGUCAGAACUGCCGCAGAUCCAAGAAAACAUUCUUGGCCAAAAUCUAGGGGAAGUUACUGCCACUUUGUACUGUACAAGGAAAACAAAGAUACCAUGGAUGCUAUUAAUGUGCUGUCCAAAUAUUUAAGAGUCAAGCCAAACAUAUUCUCCUACAUGGGAACCAAAGAUAAAAGGGCCAUAACCGUUCAAGAGAUUGCUGUUCUCAAAAUAACUGCACAAAGGCUUGCCCACUUGAACAAGUGCUUGAUGAACUUUAAGCUAGGGAAUUUCAGCUAUCAGAAAAACCCUCUGAAGUUGGGAGAGCUGCAAGGCAAUCACUUCACUGUUGUUCUCAGAAAUAUAACAGGAACUGAUGACCAAGUGCAGCAAGCCAUGAAUUCUCUCAAGGAGAUUGGAUUUAUUAACUACUACGGAAUGCAAAGAUUUGGAACUACAGCUGUCCCCACAUAUCAAGUUGGGAGAGCUAUACUACAAAAUUCCUGGGCUGAAGUCAUGGAUUUAAUAUUGAAACCCCGUUCUGGAGCUGAAAAGGGGUACUUGGUUAAAUGCAGGGAAGAAUGGGCCAAGACCAAGGACCCAGCCGCUGCCCUCAGAAAACUACCUGUCAGAAGGUGUGUGGAAGGGCAGCUGCUUCGAGGACUUUCAAAAUAUGGAAUGAAGAAUAUAGUCUCUGCAUUUGGCAUAAUACCAAGAAAUAAUCGCUUAAUGUAUAUUCAUAGCUAUCAAAGCUAUGUGUGGAACAACAUGGUAAGCAAGAGAAUAGAAGAGUAUGGAUUGAAACCUGUUGCCGGAGACCUGGUUCUCAAAGGAGCCACAGCCACCUAUAUUGAGGAAGAUGAUGUUAAGGACUACUCCAUCCAUGAUGUGGUAAUGCCCUUGCCUGGUUUCGAUGUUAUCUACCCAAAGCAUAAAAUUAGUGAAGCUUACAGGGAAAUGCUCACAGCAGACAAUCUUGAUAUUGACAACAUGAGACAUAAAAUUCGAGAUUAUUCCUUGUCAGGGGCUUACCGAAAGAUCAUUAUUCGUCCUCAGAAUGUCAGCUGGGAAGUCGUUACAUAUGAUGACCUCAAAAUUCCACUCUUCAGCACAGAUGUGGACAAGCUAGAGGGGAAGCCACCACCAGUUUUUGCUUCUGAAGGCAAAUACAGAGCUCUGAAGAUGGAUUUUUCUCUUCCUCCUUCUACCUAUGCUACCAUGGCCAUUCGUGAAGUGCUAAAAAUGGAUACCAGCAUCAAGAACCAGACCCAGCUGAAUACCACCUGGCUCCGCUGAGUCCUUUGUCCCCAGAUUAGAAAAUACAGACACGUGUUUGCUGGCUUCCUGUUCAUUUUUCUCUUAGCAGAGACGCAUAUGUGGGUUUUUGAUCUUUGUAGUAAAACAUUAUUUGUAUUUUUUCAUGUUUUUAUUAGCUUAAUUUGCAGUAUUUGUACACAUAUACAAAUUCGGAGGAUCCUAAUUCUAGCUCAGAGAAUAUAAAUUGGUCAGUAUAUUUCAGGUGCUUAAGUCAUAGCAAAAUGUCAGCUUUACUGGCUUUAUACUAAUUAAAAAGAUCUUUGGUUUAAAAUGGCAGCUUUAGGUUUUGCUAUAUUCCUGAAAGACAACAGGAAUUUUUCACACAUCCAUGAGUGGAGGACAUAACAAUGUGUUUAAGAGAAAAUGCAGCAAAACAAAUCUUGACUAAAGUUAAAUAAUAGAACAUCCCCACACACAGACCUAUGAAUAUAAAUAUGGCGUUUGUGCUAAUUUAAAUGAGGACAAACAUCUACAGGUUUAGAAACCUAAAAGUGAUUGCCAUUUUGUAGCUCGUGCACCAUUUUCAGGUAGGUGUUUCUAGAAUUUUUUUAGUUACAGUAGCUUUUCCAUUUAUAGAUUAGCAUUGCAUUGCAGGACAGUUGCGUUGAUAGGGCCUUUUUUCUUGAUGUAAACAUGUGCAGCUAUUUUUAGUUAAGGUCUAGUUUUUACCCUAGGUGCCUUUUAUGUUCAGAACUCUUCCCAUUGGACUGGUAUUUGCCCCAAAAUAAAUGAUAGCAGAGAAGGAAACUUCAGAAAUUUAUAAGGGCACCUCCUAUUCGCAUCAUUUCCCUUUGUCACCUGUGGCUGGGUCAUUUCUGUCUGGCAUUGCAUAAACUGUUCCCUGAUGAGAAAGGACCAAUGGCAUGUGACAUAAUUGUACCAAUUUUUAUUUUCUAUCACUUCUAGAACCAAAUGUAAUAAAUAUUUUUUAAAAUUCCUUUCCACUGGUUAUGUUAAAUAAGUAUCUAAAACUGAAAAUGAGAUUCUUGGCCCAGACCAGACACACAGAACUAAGUGAAUGAGGGAUCCUCAGAAAUAAUGGUGACACAAAAGUAUGUCACAAUCAGGUGUGAGAGAUGAUGAGAAUAAAAGAAUAGGAUAUCAAACUGA